AUGGUUCGUCUAAAUCUCUGCAUAGAUUCAUCCCGUUACAACGUUUACCAUUAUGCUUAUUCCAACCCAAUUAGUUCGGAACAAUCGACAACGUCACAACCGGCAAUAAUCCAGAAGAUCGAGUCCAGAAGCUUGAAACACAAGUCUCAGAUCUCAGGAAGACCGGUAGCUGAUCAGGAGAAGCGUCUAGAAGAAAUGAAGAAAUCAAACCUCAAGAAGGCUAUAGAGGACUUGACCAAGCGUAUAGAAGAACUUGAGAGCUGGCCAGGUAUUAGCGAAGAUGCGCCUAUGGAGUUCCUUCAAGAUUCGAGUAAUGAUGCCGAGGGAAACCUUCAACAAAGGGGCCGUCUGAUCCGGCAGGAGAAGCUGAACCUUCGACGGAAGGCUGAUUGGUUUCUUCAAUUACCAAUUAUUACAAAAGCCGAAGAAGGAUAUGAAAGAACAUGCCAGAUUGUUUCUUCACCUCACGUAUUUCGUUGA